ACACAUGAAAGAGUCCACACUGGGGAAAAGCCUUAUGAAUGUAAACAAUGUGGCAAGUGUUUUAGUCAAGGAGGAAACCUAAGGACACAUGAAAGAGUCCACUCUGGGGAAAAGUCUUAUGAAUGUAAACAAUGUGGGAAGUGUUUUAGUGUAGCAGGAAACCUAAGAAGGCAUGAAAUGGUCCAUACUGGGAAAAAGCCCUAUGAAUGUAAACAAUGUGGAAAGUGUUUUAGUGAAGCAGGAACACUAACAAGUCACGAAAGGGUCCAUACUGGGGAGAAGCCUUAUAAAUGUAAACAAUGUGGAAAGUGUUUUAGUGAAGCAGGAACACUAAAGAAACAUGAAAGUGUCCACACUGGAGAAAAGCCAUAUGAAUGUAAACUGUGUGGCAAGUGUUUUAGUCGAGCAGAAAGCCUUAGGAAACAUGAAAGAGUUCACACUGGAGAGAAGCCCUAUGAAUGCAAACAAUGUGGGAAGUUUUUUAAUGAAGUGGGAAACCUUCGGAAACAUGAAAGAGUCCACACUGGGGAGAAGUCGUAUGAAUGUAAACAGUGUGGGAGGUGUUUUAGUGUAGCAGGAAACCUUAGGAGGCAUGAAAGAGUCCACACUGGGGAAAAGCCUUAUGAAUGUAAACAAUGUGACAAGUGUUUUAGUAAUGCGAGAAACCUAACACGUCACGAAAUGGUCCACACUGGGGAAAAGCCUUAUAAAUGUAAACUAUGUGGGAAGUGUUUUAGUGAAGCAGGAACACUAAAGAGUCAUGGAAGAGUCCAUACUGGGGAAAAGCCAUAUGAAUGUAAACUGUGUGGCAAGUGUUUUAGUGAAGCAGGAAAU